CCACUGUCAACGCACCCGCCGAAACCAACAAAGACAAGCUUUUCGUUUUUCCGUGCCCGUCCAAAGUAGCUCGGCCUACUCCAAGACAUCAACAAGCCCGUCUUUCUAAAUUCCGCAGUAAACACCAAUUCUUCAUUAUUCGCCUUGACUGCACCUCUUUCCAUCACCAAAUAGCCUGCUUCCUCCUCAUCCCACCACAAUCCCAUAUCCGCACCACCGGCAAUUUCCCUUUUCCCCAUACCAGCAGCUUACAUUUCCAGGCGAGGCCCUCCCCGCAUUGUUGUUUGCGUUCUUGGGCCAUGUCCCGCAUCCCAGCAUCACCACAUUAACCACGAGCACUUCAGUUUUCUUCGAAAAAUGAUUUUGGCAUUGGCAACUAUCUCUCUUUAAAUACCAGCCUCCAAUAACGUUUCGCCUUCGCCUCCCUCCCCCACCGAGCAUGCCAUCAUCGUCUACCUCUUCCACCUCCUCCAACCUCACUAUCGCCACGACCAUCACAGCUUCACGCCGCCGUCCGCUCUGAUGGAUCAGGAUCGCGACAGCCAAACGCCGUCGGGCCAGAGCCAUCCUAGCAACAGCGAAACUAAUUCGGGCUCUGGUGCCACGCCUGGAACUACUACAUCACAAGGCACCACCCGCCCAGCAGCGGCUGCUUCGGCCCAAAACUCCAAGCGCAGACGCGGCUUAGGUAUAGUAACGCCCAACGCCUGCACCGAGUGUCGUAAGAAGAGAGCCAAGUGUGAUGGCAACAAGCCAUGCGGCAGAUGCAAGUUGCAAUCGGGCGUAGAAUGCGUCUACGAAAUCCCCAUCCGCCAAUCCAAAGAAACCCUCCGCACCGAGAUCGAGCAGCUACGGUACCGCCAACGCUCUAGUGACCAAGUAUUUGCUGCACUCGUCCGCCCGAAGCUCUGCGAGGAUGUCCUGACCCGCCUGCGCAAUGGGCAGUCCGUCGAGACGAUAUCCGACUGGCUGGGCACGGCGUCUUCCGGCCCCAGCACCGCGACAAACAGUGUUCCCGCGAGCCAUAUUGGCGACGAUUCCACGAGCAUUGCAGACUACGGUCCGGACGGCGCGCCCUCGGGCCUGGCGCAGCUCGACAGCGCCAACACUAUAAGCCCCAUGGCCGCGCAUGCAGCUCCUGGCGUGCGCGGCGAGAUGAGCCAAUCGAGCCCGUGGCCGCUGUCGUCUCACAGUCAACCAGGGUCCACACGAAGCAAUUCCGUAGCCGACGCCAUGAGCUGGACGCCCGAUGUCCGCGAUCCGGCGGCCCAGCGGCAAGACGACUACUGGACGGACAGCCUGCGGCCGGAACACAUGUCGGAGCCAAUGCCGCGCUACAGAGGCAUUGCCCAGGUGCUCUGUCCCUUGAGUGAGGCCGAAAUGCAAAAGCCUUCAGGCACAUGGACUAAUAUGACGGCGGAUAUCAACUUGGUCCAUCAUCUGCUGGCCCUGUACUUUUGCUGGGAGUACCCCACUUUUGCCUCCCUCAGCAAGGAGCAUUUCCUCCGGGACUUUCAAAACGGCCGCCAGCGCUUCUGCUCGCCUAUGCUUGUAAAUGCAUUGCUUGCCUUGGGCUGCCGCUUCUCGACGCAGCCCAUGACAAGAGAGUCUCCCAACGAACCGUACACGUCGGGAGACCACUUCUUCAAAGAGGCCCUCCGCUUAUACAACAAUGAGACGGACCACCACUCUCUCACCACCAUCCAGGCGCUGGGCAUCUUGGCCAUUCGCGAGGCCAGCUCGGGCAGAGACUCGGAGAGCUGGUACUACGGCGGUCAAAGCCAGCGCCUGGCCCUAGAAAUGGGCCUAAACGAUACCCACGUACACGAUGAGGAGGACGACGAUGAGCUGGCUGUGCGAGCAGCUACAUUCUGGGGCGCGUUUGCCCUCGACCAUGCUUGGUCCUUGGCAACAGGCUCACUCCCACAGAGCUCCUUUAUACCCCACCUGCCCAUGAAGCCCAGUAUCAUUGCCGACAUUGAGGCUUCGCUCUGGGUACCAUAUACCGACGACGGCGCGCCACUGCAGCGGUCAUGCGAGCAGCCGUCCAACGUGCGGUCCGUGUACAAGUGCUUCUGCGAGCUGAGCGAACUGGUCCACAAGUCGCUCUAUGUUCUGCACUCGCCUGGCCAGCCGUUGACGGCGCGCGUCCUACUUAACAUUUAUACACAGUACCUCAACUGGUACGAUCGAAUACCCGAGGUGCUGCGCCUAGGCCACAACUUUACACCAGCCGUUCUAUUCGCCCACAUGUACUAUCACUUUGCCAUCCUCUUGCUAUUCCGGCCGCUGAUCAAGCUGCAAAUCCUUGGCUCCAAAGUCUCCCCGCGUGACGUGUGCUUACAGGCGGCUGACGCCAUCCAGCGGCUACUGACUUCAUACUCGCAGCUUUACACUCUUCGUCUGACACCAACCUUUGUACCGUACUUUGUGCUCACGGCCACCAUUAUGCGCCUGGCCAUUGGCGCAACACGACUUCCGGAUAAUACGAGCAUGAUGGACGAGGAGCAGCUGAAGAAGGCAGCCAAGCUCGACCCGCAAGCAACCAAGGCGCUACAGCAGGGUAUUGAAGACCUGACUGAGAUGGUACCGUGCCACCACUUUGCGGAGCAGGCGCUCAACAUCCUGCGCUACCUGGCCAAGAAGUGGGAUAUCGAGGUUAUUGAGGCCCCCAAGACGUACAACCCGGAGAACACGUACGCGCCGUACUCCACGAGCCUCAACUUCUUUGCGUCCAACGUGGUGACGGAGGACUUUAUUGGCCGCUGGGGCAGCGGCAACGUGCUCUCUCACGGGGGCUCUGUUAGCGCAUUACAACGAAUUCAGCGAGCGGCCGAGAGCAUUGAGAACGAAACCAUGUGGCCGUUUCCGAUCCAGGGCCGCAACACGAUGCCUGUGGGCGAGGAGCUGGAGAAGGCGGGCUUUGCGCUUAUGUAGAAGCGAACGUUAUGAUGAUGAAACACGACAGAUCACGACGGGGGAGUUUUUGGUGUAGAUAUACGUAGCCUGGAAGGGCUUGUCCUUUUUUAUUUGUUUGUCUUUUAAGAGUAUCAUCCUGGAACUUGCGGACAAAAAGAAAU